AUGAACGUGCGCGGGCUCCACGGCGUGCCCAAGGAGCUCCUGAUCAAACCGACGGUCAAGGAGUCCCAGGAUGGCCGCGCGUCGGCGCGCAAGCUCGGCGCCAUGGACAAGGACGCGAACGUGCGCGGCCAGCUCCUCAACGCCUACGACGACCCGAGCGGCGCGCUGAGCAACGUGGUCCGCUACUCGCGGGAGCAGGCCUUCGUCAAGGUCCGCCGCGCGACGGACCGCCACUACCGCAAGCUCCUCUCCGCGGGCCGCUUGUUCGAGGCGAAAUUCGCGCCCGGCGCGCAGCUCGGCUUCCGGCUCCACAUCGCGGCCUACUCCAAGGACAAGGCCGUGCGGGAGGUCCUCGAGAUCGAGGAGACCUACGAGGACUGCCCCUUCUGGCCCGACAAGCUCCAGCCGACGGACGAGCUCGUGGCCGUGAACGGGAAAUUGGUCGUGGAAGCGUCGCGCGAGUCGUUCCCGGGCAUCGUCGCGGAGGUCACGUCCGCGGCGCGGCCCAUGGUGUUGACGUUUGCGUCGGGCCUCCACCGGGCCAAGGCCUUCUCGGAGCAGCAGCGGCGCCGCGCGGCGGGCGGCGGCGCGCGGCCCGUCGAGGCCGUCGACGCGGAGAACGACGACGAGGACCGCUUCGCCGCCGAGUACGACGCGGCGCAGCAGGACCGGGCGCGGAACCUCGAGGAGGCGCGGCGGCAGGGGAUCCGCGACGGCGAGCGCGAGGUCGCGUGUUUACUGGACCAGGAGGCGUGCCCGUGCUUCCACUUCCACCUGGGCCUCGCGGCGAAGAAGUGCCCGGACUGCUGCGAGCCCGUGGACGCGCAGAAGGUGCUGGCGGAGGCGGAGAUCCCGGGCUUCAAGCGCGUCCCGGGGCGCAAGGCGGACUGCGCCUACUCCAAGGGGCAGCUCGUCAAAGUCCGCGCGGGCUGCGCGAACCCUCGGUUGGGCUGGUACGGCGGCUACGUGCGGAGCCCGGCGUCGGUGGGCGUGCUUCCGAUCGACCACGCGUCCAUCGGCGUCGUCGUCGACGUCGACCUCACGGCCUACGAGUUCGCCGUCGUCAGCGUCUGCUUCGACUGGGUCGUGCGGGGCUUCAAGGUCGACGCGGCGGACCUCGAGGCCGCGCACCGCGGCGACGAGAAGGCCUACGACGGCCACUACGACUUGCAGGCCGCGUCCCUGGACGCCUUCGAGAAGGAGCGCCGGCGGCGGACGAGCUCCUUCGGCCACGUCGACCGCGCGUACAUCUUCGUCAACGAGGACCUCGAGGACCACGUCCGCAACGUCGUGCGGCCGGCGAACGCGCGCCGGUCUAUCGCCGCGAUGGAGCUCGAGCGCGACGACGAGGACUCGCGGGGCGGCUCCAUUAUUGUGGCGCACGAGGCCGCCAUGAAACGCAAACACCGCAAACCCAUCGACAUCCGCGAGCGCCAGACGGACUACCCCUGCAAGCCCCUCUACGAGGACGCGCCGACGGAGUCCGUGACGCCGGAGGCGUCCGAGCAGGACCCGCUGGACAUCGUCGACGCGGGCGCCUUAAUCGACUACGUCUUCGGCGAGAUCGACGACACGAUCAAGUUCGCCAAGGACGAGCUCUACGCCGACGAGGACGACGAGGAGGACGUCAAGGCGCCCCACAUGACGGAGACGCUCUUCCCCGAGGACGGCUUGGAGAAGCACGUCUACGAGCUCGGCUACUUUCCCGGCGAGGACAUCGGCAAGGACCGGCGGAACUCGUUCAACCCGCCGACGGCGUCCCAGUUCGGCAAGGCGAAGAUCGAAAAACUCGACGACGUCAACCACGCGCGCCAGGCGCCCCACAUCACGGAGGAGCUCUCCUACGUCUGCGCGGACCCGGAGUACGACGCGCGCUUCGCGGUCACGGGCUGGGACGGCGACAUCACCGAGGCCAUGUCGUUCCGCGUGCCCUUCGUCGAGGUCGACGUCGCGCUGCCGGACCUCCCGGACCGCAUCGAGAUCCCCCACUUCCGGCUGCCGGACGUGCCGAGCUUCAUGCUCCACAUGCCCAAGUUCGGCGUCCCGGACAUCGACAUCCCCGAUCUCCCGAUCCCCCACAUCCCCGGCGUCGACAUCCACGACUUCGACAUGCUGCCCGAGGUCGAGAAGCCCAAGUUCAAGAUCCCCAAGGGGCCGGCGAUCCCCCACGACCGCGACUUCUGGGACCCGACCAUGGUCGAGAACCGCAUGCGCCGGGCCAAGGAGGCGUCGUUCCGGGCGGCCACGUCCGUGCGCAACAUCAAGCUGCGGCGCAAGAAGCCCGACGGCGGCGAAACGCAGGAGGAGUUCGCCGCGCCGCCCGUGGCGACGAUGCACGACGAGGAGGACUACGAGCACUCGUUCCACCGCGCCGGCGCCGACGUCGCGGGGCUGGGCGACAUGCACGGCUACGCGGACGAGCCCCGGACCGUGCCCGACGGCUUCGCCGAGGCCAAGGACGACUUCGCGCCGGACAUCGACGACUUCCAGUUCCAGUCCGCCUUCGCCAAGUCGCGGCAGCACAAGUACGCGGACUCCGCGGCCGACCGCGUCGCCGAGCUCCCGGGCCGCAAGCCGCCGCCGGUGUCGCUGUCCUCGGAGAGCUCCUUCCGCCGCGCGGACCUGAAGCACCGCGAGUUCUCCCAGGCCAAGAAGCGCGCGACGAUGAUGGCCUUCCCGGAGAUGGAGUACCACCCGGAGGCCAAGGGCACCUACGGCGACGUCGUCGCCGGCGGGCCCCACUGA